ACCAGUUUGGUCUCUACCUCUACUUUAGUUAUACUUAUUACAAACAACCUUAACCAACAUCCUCUUAACAGCAAUCUCUCCCUCUGACAACAAUUCCCUUUGCCAACUCUCCGUCAUCCCAACAAAGCUUGCUUUGAGGCAUCCCACCUCACCUCACAAAGAUAUCGAAGGCAACAAAAACCACCACCCUGAUCCAUUCCUUCGACUCUACUCCACCUUCAAGUCAUUAGAGAUGAAAGUGAAAGCAUUAGCUGCCUUCAGAUCCAAGCUUCUAAACCCAUGCAAAAAAUUCCUUCAAAUCUUCAAAAUUAGACUCAGAAAACCAGUCUUUGUAAGAGCUCUUCGAGUUCAUGCUCGUCGUAUCAAGGCUGAAAGAAGUCCUCUAAAAAACCGAAUAACUGCAGUACUAGCAUGCUACCGCUCAAUUUGGAAGUCGAAACAGAUGGACAGAGUAAGGGAGCUUUCAAGCAUAUCUAGAGGAGGAGGGCAUGAUGGAAAGCUCUUUCCUUCACCCAUUAUGCCAGCUUACACGAGGGCUACUGGGGCUGGCAAAAAGGAAGCUUCGGGUGAUGAAGACGUGGAAGAUGCAUGCAGAAGUUUUGAGAACUACUUGGUAGAGAUGAUUGUUGAAGAAGGAAAAGUGAGGGACUCGAUGGAUGUGGAGGAGCUUCUCAAUUGCUGGAAGAAUCUAAAGAGCCCAGUUUUCAUUGAUUUGGUUUGUAGAUUCCAUGGAGAACUAUGCAAGGACUUGUUUUCCUCUAAGGAUUAUGAAGCAUAGUCCAUAGUGAUUCCGCAGUUUGACUCUCCCCCCCAAGCCUGCAUAUUUCCUCUCCUCUCCUCUGAUAAGUUGUA